UUCCUGUGCGCCCCCGACUGUCUGCAUGAUCCGUGUGCUGACUGACUGGUUUUGAUAUAAGAUAUCUUUGUGUGUUAUUAUUGAGUGAAGUCAAGAGUGUUCAGAAAAUAAAAUAACUGUCGUGAUGGCUGAAGCGAUUCAGAAGAAACUACAGUCUGAAUUGGAGAAAUAUCAACAGUUGCAAAAAGAUGUCAGCAAAAGCAUGUCAGCAAGACAGAAGCUGGAGGCACAGUUGACUGAAAAUAAUAUUGUUAAGGAGGUGGACACUACAGUCUUCAAAGACAAAGGGCAGCUGGCUCUAACAAGGACAGAAAGAGAUGUGGAAGGCCCAGAUACAACUAAACAAGAGGAUAAGUACAUCAGAGUCUCUAGUUUGAGAAAUAGAUGCCUCACAUGUCCUCAGCUGACAGCUUCAUUGAAUUCUACUCACUCAACACCAGUUUCAUGUACAACAGUAAAGAGAAGACUCAGGGGUGCAGGCCUUAUGGGAAGAAUUGCAAAGAAAAAGCCACUUUUGAAACAGAAAAACAAAAAUAAAAGGUUAGAGUGGGCAAAGAAACACAGACAUUGGACAACAGAUAAUUGGAAAAGAGUGUUAUGGAUCUUAACCCCAUUGAGCUUUUCAAAUUGUAAUAGUCAUUUUUCAUGUUAUUAAUGUCGUGACUAUACAUUGUGAUCAGUUGAAUGCCACUUUGGUGAAUAAAAGUACCAAUUUCUUUCCAUAUGAGCAAAAUCUUUACAUUAUUCCAAACUUUUGGCCGCCAUGUGUAGUAUGUUUACCACAUGCCAUUUUGAUAUUCCC